AUGUCCGAUCCGUUCGCGAUUCCCCCUCACCGCCAAUCGAUGGAUGACCAGGCAGCGCGUUACACUCCCCCGUUCUCCCCGCCUUCUGGCCACUCUUAUUCGAUGUCUGUGAACCAGGUGCCUUCGGCUCACUCGAGACCGUCGACGGCAUCCACCAGGGCAUCGGCGUCCGCCGCGUCGACAUCUCGGCAAGCUUCGGGCCGUCCUUCGGCGGCCCAGCACAUCGCCAGCGAGUUUGGAGCAUAUCUUCCCUCCGAGGGACCUUCGUCAACUGCGGGAACGAGGGGUCACACGCAUCGCGCAAGUCACGCGUCGACGACCAUGCCCAUUGGCAUUCCGUCGCAGGAGCCUACCGCGAUCAUGUCUGGAGCGCACGCGUCUUCACAUUCGCACUCGGCCGCUCAGCAGCACGUCCCAGGACAGCAGCGCAAGCGGCAGUCCCACCAUGGCCUGAGCUCCCAAGCUUCUCCCCCGCGGUCUGAGUACCUCUCGGAUGAAUACGUCCUCCACCCCUCGGUCCACACCUUCAAGCAAGCGCACCCGAACCGACCGAUGAUCGCUCUGGGCCAGUACAUCCUCUUGCAGACGCUCGGUGAGGGCGAGUUCGGAAAGGUCAAGCUCGGUGUCCACAGCGAGUAUGGUGUUGAGGUCGCGAUCAAGCUCAUCCGUCGAGGGCAGCUCGACGAGGACUCGCAGCGGGCGAACAAGGUCGAGCGGGAGAUUGAGGUUCUCCGGCAGCUGAAGCAUCCCAACAUCGUUCGCAUGCUCGAUGUCAUCGACACCGCCAAGUACAUCGGAAUUGUCCUGGAGUUUGCCGGAGGUGGUGAGCUGUUCGAUUACAUUUUGGCCAACAGGUUUUUGAAGGAGAAAGACGCGUCGCGCUUGUUUGCCCAGUUGAUCUCCGGUGUCGACUACCUUCACCAGAAGCAUAUCGUGCACCGUGACUUGAAGCUCGAGAACCUUCUGCUCGACAAGCACCGCAACAUCAUCAUCACCGACUUCGGCUUCGCCAACCACUUUGAGCGUGACGAGGAUGACCUGAUGGCAACUAGCUGUGGUUCGCCCUGCUACGCCGCUCCGGAACUGGUAGUCUCUGAAGGGCUGUACGUCGGCACCGCCGUCGAUGUCUGGUCGUGUGGUGUCAUUCUUUACGCAAUGCUCUCGGGAUACCUUCCUUACGACGACGACCCGCAGAACCCGGAUGGUGACAACAUCAACUUGCUCUAUAAGUACAUCAUGAGCACCCCCCUCAACUUCCCCGACCACAUGUCGAGGAUCGCGCAGGACAUCCUCCUGAUGAUGCUCCAGCCGGAUCCGACGAGGCGCUGCACCAUCCCUCAGGUGGAGGACCACCCUUGGCUGGAUGCUCACCGCGCACUCUUUGAGCGGACGAUUGAGGACCAUGAGCGGAUCUUCUCGGAGAACAUGCUGCGCAAGAGCCACAUGGCCAAGCGUGAUCUUGCUCAGCGUCGCCGUCUGCAGCAGGAGGCUAAGCUUGCGAAGGCUCUAGCUCGCAGCCAGGCCGCUAUGGGUAGCAGCGGGGGCAAUAUGUUCGACCAAAGGCGGGCGAAGGACCACACCCGACACCGCAGCGCUCUGCCUUCGACCUCGACAAUGCCAGAGUACCUGUACAACGCUGGAGGACACACCAGUGUACCUCCUGGCGUUGCAGUUUACGAGCAGGACGUUCUCUACCAGCAGCAACAGCAUCUCCUGCAGCAGCAGCGCAUGGAUCAUCCCGCUGCGGCUGCUCCCGUGCCUCAGGACAUGCUGCCCACCCGAGCUCGCACCCAGCGAACGCCUCCCAAGCCGCGUCCUGAGUCGGUCAAUUACUCGGACAAUGCAAUGGCUCAGGAGGUCGUUAUGCCGAGAGCGUCUCCAGAGCCCUCUAGGGUUCCUGCACCUGCGGCUUCCAAUCGACACACUAUCCAGGUCGACUAUGGUAGCGACAUGUGGAACCGUGUUCAGGCCCAGUUCGCUGCUGGCGACGCAGCUGUCGCGGAAGGCAUGUCUGAGGACCGAUCACCGUCCACGACGAGCGUCCCUGUGACCCCACCGAAACAGAUCGAUGCGCAGCAGAUUGAUGAGCCUCGAUCUAGCGACAUGGACGUCGAGUCGCCAGCGACGGAAGCCGAGGACGCAAGGAUGUCUGAGCCUGAGCCUGAGCCUGAACCGCAGCAGCAGCCCGAGAUCGAAGUGCCGACGGCUACACCCUCUCCAGCCGCCGAGACCCCCAAAGUGGCCAAGCGCCAGCUGUCUGAUGUUGAGAUGCCCCUGGCCACUAGUGAUGCCCCCGACGUUGAGGUUCCGCCCGUUGUCACGACACUUCCCAUCGCAGACCCUGACGCGCCUCCUCAAUCGCAGAGCGCGCCUCCUGCUCUGCCACCCUCCACCCCCUCGAAGCGAUCGCGCGAGAGCGAGAACGGUGAUGCGAUCAUGGCGGAGGGAAGCAGCCCUACACCCCCUUUCUCGUCGUCCACCCCUCGCCAGAUUUCCGCCGAACCUGACCAGAUCAUCACUCCCCGCACUGAGGUGCCCCAACGUGUGCCGUCGACCUCGCGUCCGCACGCCAAGCUUCCGCCCGGGGCUGCGACACCCGACAAAUCUCCGCGCGACCUUCCGGAACCCGAGGAAACCCUCGCCGAGCCGAGCGCUGCUCCCUCCGAGACAACCACCAGUGUCAACAAGACGCCCGAGCCCGAGCGCACGCAGUCACAGCAAGGCCGCAAGCGCCCUGCCCGAUCCCGCAAGGGCUUAUCACUCGACAAGUUCAGCCUUGCUAAGCUACUCGGUCAGGGAACACCCUCCGAGCUGUCCAAGGACAGUGGCAGCCCCGCUCGUACUUCUCAGCGGACUUGGUCGCAGGGUCACGGCCGGAGCUUCUCCGUGGCCCAACCGCCGCGCCAACGCAAUGUUUCUGAGAGCAUGAGGGACUCCAACCCUAGGCAGCGUCCCAGAACUCUUCUCUUAUCGCCCGAGGAAGCUGCGACUGCCACGGAUUUCUCGGGCUCGACCACGUCAUCACCUGUCAUCGGCCAGCACGGCAUUCACCCGGCCUCUCAGGACCAGCGCAGCUCGACGUCUGCAGUCACUGUCGACGCCGAUACCGCUCGCCCAGCCUCGACGAGCACGGCAAAGAGAGUCAUGGAUUGGUUCCGCCGCAAGUCCACUGCAAAGGAUACUUUACACAACAUCAAGAACACUGGUGUUGCAGACCCGAGUUCCAGUGGUCGCCAAUCAAUGACUCUGGAAAGGAACACCGAGCGAGCCGCGUCUUCCUCCCGUCCUUCGAUCAGUGCCGAUCGGGUAAUGACCGCUUCUACAGGCUCCACGCGAUCAAAGCCGUCUACUGAUCGUCUCGCAACGGCUGAGCCGAGCACGAAGCUCGAGGCCGCCACCCCCAGCCCUGCCAUUGUCAUUCACGAAAGCUCUCCUGCUCCGGCUCCAGCCCCCGUCGUUGCCGAUGGUGACGACAAGCCCAAGCCCGAGGCUCGUAUCCCGCUUGCUCCUGCCAACAACCUGACGAACAUCGACGACAAGAUCAUGCUGAACCCGAACCGAGUUGUUCCUACACGCUCAAAGUCUCAGCAUGUCCCGUCUUCGCUGUCAAAGGAUAUGACAAAUGGAACGCCGGCGCUCGUUUCGGCCCGGCAGGCCGCUGAGAAGCGGGGCCAUGACUCAUCGGCGCCGUUAUCUGCCGAUGAGAACAAGCUGCGCGUUCACACUGGGCUCGUCGACCAAUCGGCUCUCAGCUCGCACACUCCAGCGGAGAUCAUGGAGGAGGUUCUCCGUGUGCUCCACGGAAUGGGCAUCGAGGUCAAGCAGGAGGCCGACUUCCGCCUUCGCUGCACGCGUGUGCGUCGACGCAAGGCGGGCGCUACUACCGGUUUAUCGUCGGGCGCGUUCUCUCUAGUUUCGGCGGCUGCUGCCAACCGAUCCGAGGGACGCGGUGUACCCUCCACCUCGAGCGGCGGUGGCGGUGGGCUCGGAGGUCUGAAGGGAAUGCUUCUGCGACGUGGCAGCUCCUACUCGUCUCAGCACUCGUCCGUCCUGGCUCGCAGCGAAUCCGACCUCCUCAACUCGGUGAACAACUCGGGCGUGCAAUCGCCUUCGCUCGGCCCUCUGCCGGAGCCCCUGUACGGAGAGCACGCCAUCGACAAUGGUGACGAGGUGCGCUUUGCCGUUGAACUGUGCAGGAUCAAGAACCUGCACGGCCUGUACCUGUUGAGCAUCAAGAGGUUACGGGGAAGUGUCUGGAGCUUCAAGUUCAUUUACCAGACAGUUGUCGAGCGCUACCAUAAGCUCGGAGAUGAGCUGGAACAUUACUGCCAGCACCGAGAUCCGACGACCGACAAGAAAUCGACAAAGAUGGCAACACCGGGCGACCAGCCGUCGCGGCCGGCGAGUGUCAUGUCGACUGCUUCUGUCUCAGCAUCCAUGACCCCGGAACAGCUUCUCAAGGCGCCCUCGCAUCAGCUCCCACUCCCACUCCUCCUGAGCUCGCUCGCUGCGCUCCCGGCAGCGACUCGGCUCGUUACGUGCGCCAACCUGGUCUUGAGCGGCAAGUUCUACGACCAGGUCGUUCUGCGACAAAUCAUCGAGGUCGGCGAAGAGGCCGGCGCGGCCGAGGCGCAGCAGUUCGAGGACGACGUGCGCUCUCGGCUCGAGGCGGAGCAUGUGCGCCGAGAUGAGAGCGCGAAAGGAUGGGCCCAGUACAAGUCCGAGGAUGUGCGUGCGGCCGCCAAGGCUGUUCUGGGUACCGACCAGAUGAGGACAGCUGCCGUUCACUGUCUCGCUGUUCUGCGAGAGGCGCGGAGACGAAUCGACACAUUUGACGCCUUCUACGCUCCACGGACACCGAAACCGAAGACGAGGGAGCCAUCGGGACAGUCGGCCGACAUUGACCUCGACGACCCGUGGGCGAAUGCCGAAGACGAGGACACGGGCGUGCUCGACGACCCAUGGGCGGAGAACGACCCCGAGCUCGAGCCGCAGCCGCCACGGCCACAGUCCCGUGCUCAGUCGAUGAUGCAGGUCGAGCCGCCGAUAGACGCUGCGACGUUCGUGCUCCAGGAUAUCGUGCUGUCGGCUCUCGGACUUGCGACCGCUGCGCACAUGAAGGCGCUGCGGAUUGUGUGCCAGCGGCAUUCGGAGGAGAUCUGGCCGUACCGCCUCUCCAUCAUCGAGAGCGUGCCGGGCUGGGUAUCACCAGCGACGGACGACAUGCAGGCUCUCCUGCCAGCGUCGUUUACGGAUGGAGAGAAGUCACAGUGGCCGCCGAACGCCACACCGACAGAGGUCAUGUUCCUCGACGUCCUCCGGCCACAGUACGGAAUGGAGGCGAGCAACCCGUUACCCCACGACUUGCUGCCGACGGCGCAGCACGAGGCGCUCUCGGACGAGGCGCUGUCGACGUGGUAUCAACACCGUGUGAUGGCGCUGGACGAGCUGGGACUGCUGGACGCGCAGCUCGCGUGGGUCCAGCACGGCGCGGCGCUCGGUGUAUCGGGCCUCGACAUCAUCGGCGAGGACCUCUCACUGCUGAGUCGCCUGAUCUACGACUCUGGGCUCGCCCCGCAGCAGCAGGAGGACUGGUCGCUUGAGCUGUGGAGGAAGGCGAGCGAGGAGACAAUCGUCCGCGCGUACCUGUCCAACUCGUCCCAGGCGUCGAUCGUCAACGACAUCAAGCGACUCGUCCUGCCGUACCUGUACGUGCUGCAGAGUCGAUCGGAGCGCGCGGGGAACAACGACCCAGACCUUGUUGAGCGGAUGCUCUUCAAUGCGAUUCUGGAGUUGCCACUGUCGCUUGCGCUGCCGUGCUUUGAAGCGUCGAAGGCGACUCUGCCGAUGCACCAGCGGUUGAUCAAAGAUGACCAGGCUGUCGCACGCCUCGCGCUUGCGAUUCUGUACGGCAGCGACGCGCUUAAUGCGUGGGGCACGAUGUCGGCCAUCUUCGAGUGCCUGCCUGUGUGGGAGGACUCAUCGACGGGCGACAAGGAGCUCGACAGCGAGGCCGUCGCGACGACGCUCGAGUCAAUUGCCAGCUUCAUGCGGCCGUCGACUUCGCACCAAUCGAUGCACGCGCCAAAGGACCUGUUCAUGUUCUUCCGCCCGCUUCCGUUCUCGUCUCUGUCGAAGGCGAUCGAUAUUCUAGACCUCGACCUCGAGAGCGGCGAGAUUCUCAAUAAGUGGAACCUCAACAUCUACCUCCGCGAGCUACUGCAGUUUGCCUACGACCACGAUGAGCAGCACCGCCUUGCCGAGAGGCUCGUCCGCAAGCAGGUCAACUCGAGCAACGCGUCGGAGCGCAUGUGGCUCGACCUCUGGCAGGACAUGAUCUCGAAGAAGGUCGUCAAGACGCUCAAGCCCGAGGGAUACUUUACGUCGCAGGAUCUUGAGGACGCCGUGCUCAAGACGUCGCGCGAGUUCUUCAUGCGUGCCGAGACGGGCAACAUCCACACGGGCGAGAUGAAGCUUGCCUACGACUGCCUCAGCGUGUAUGGCGCCGAGACGCCGGCCAUCAAGCGCGAGAAGGAGUUUAUUGAGGCGACAUCGCGCCUCACGACGUUCAAGGCGCUGAGCGGCAUGACGCCGUCAGAGAUCAGAUUCACGCCAAACAAGCUUGUGCUCAUUGAGCGCAUCGUUUCCACCUCGGACGACAUCUACAAGCACACGCCGAUCAUCCUGGAGCUUGUCGAGAAGCUGGGGUACAGGGACGACAAGGUCGCCAAGGCGCAGGUGUACGGCAUGCUGUGCGACUCGGCGAUCAGCAACGAGGAGUGGGAGAUCGCGCGCGACUACAUCGGCAUCCUGAUCGACAUGGCCGAGCCCGAGCUGGAGACUGCACCUGUCGCGCCGCCGCGGCCAGGCAGCCGCGCCUCUCUAAGCCGUCAAGUCAGCCGUGCCAGCAUGCGCUCGGACGUCAGCGGCUUCGAGCCGCCUGUCCGGGAUCCCGCGACCGAAGCCAGCAUGAUCCGGCAAGUGACGUGGCGUUCCUGCCUCGCCCUGGGCAGGCAGAGCGAGUACCAGAACAUCCCCGACCGCAUCGCGCUGCUCGCGCAGGCGAUCGCGCUCUGCCCGCCGGAAGAAGUAAGCGCCAUCCUCCCCAUCUGGCGGAGCGCGGAGCAGCUCGUGGUUAACAACCCGAAGCUGCUCGAGCCGCCCGCCGACUCCGGGAGCGGAUUCACCGCCUCCUCCCUCAGCUCUGGCAUUGGCAGCGUGGCCUCUGGGCUCGGCUCGGGUCUCGGUGCGAUGAGUGGCAGCGCCAUGAGCGCUGCGGGCUUUGGAGGGUUCGGAGGUCAGGGGCAGGGACAGGAGGACGACCAGCGCGUCCUCGGCAGCCGGCGCGCGGCGCGCGCGGCCAAGCUCGCGAUGGACUUUGGCUCCAACCUCCGCUCUUUCACUGGAUUGCCGGCGCAGGGCGAGGAGAGGGACAACGGCGACGUGCGCGGCGGACUUGUCGCGGACGUCGAUGCUGCGGCGGACAUGGGCCGCCGCGCCCUCGUGAAGGGUGUCGGAUGGCUGCUGGGCGCGGACGAGCAGCACAUGUAG